AGUGAAAUGAUCACUAUGAGGGGAAUCAUACAAGGAGUACUAUGGUGCACCAUUUGGUGUUAUUGUAUGGCCAGUUCACAGGCUAACCUUUACAAAGGUUACAAAGUAUAUGAAUUGGCUGCAAGCAAAGCUCGAUCUGCCAAUUUAGAUUUCAUGUUGUCACAAUUGGCCAAUAAUAGGACAUACUAUGACGUCUAUACAAGCGGCUCGCCGGCUCACAUUAUGGUGCAUCCGGAUGCCCAACCGCAAUUUGUGGACCUUAUGAAUGAGCAGGCAGUUAAUUAUAAAAUAAUAAAUAACGAUGUUGGUCACACUUUACGCAAUCAUUAUGAAAAGAAUCAAAAGCUGCGUAAUUUGUAUCCAUUCGAAGGUCGUUUGGGCACCGAACGUUAUUAUACCCACGAUGAGAUCACUCAGUAUAUUGAGAAUUUGGCUCAACUAUAUCCAGAUCGUGUCUUCAUACGCACUGUGGGCCGAACCUAUGAAGGACGUUGGCUAAAAACCAUUAAAAUUACGAACGGCGAUAGACGAGCGAAUAAGAAUGUUAUCCUUGUGGAUGGUGGUUUCCAUGCCCGCGAAUGGAUCUCACCGGCCGCUGCCGUUUAUGCCAUUGGUGAACUGGUGGAGAACUAUGAGACAUAUGCUGAUCUUUUACUCGACUACGAUUGGGUCAUAUUGCCAGUGGUCAAUGCAGAUGGCUAUGUCUAUACCCAUUUAAACGAGGAUACUCGCAUGUGGCGUAAGACACGUCAACCGAGUAGCGAGAGUUGUAUUGGCACCGAUCCCAAUCGGAAUUUUGAUUUCCACUGGAAUGAGGAGGGAGCCUCUGAGGAUCCAUGUGCCGAAACCUAUGCUGGCCCCAAAGCCUUCUCCGAACCCGAGGCCGUUGUGGUUCGCGAUCUCAUCAAGAGCUAUGCCAAAGUCGGUAAAAUGUAUUUGACUUUGCACUCAUAUGGACCGUAUAUACUCUACCCAUGGGGCUGGACUUUAGAUGUACCCGAUACUGUGGAGGAUCUUCAUGAGGUUGCCCAGGCUGGCUACGAGGCCAUGUUUAAUGCCACAGGAGUAGAAUAUGAGAUUGGACCAUCGACCGAAGUUUUGUAUGUGGCAGCUGGGGCCAGUGAUGAUUAUGCCUUCAAUGCUGGUUUCCCCAUAUCAUUCACCAUGGAAUUGCCACCGGGUGGUCAACAUUUAUUUGAUCCACCAGCUUCUGAUAUCGAUGGACUGGUCAAAGAGGCAUGGAUUGGCAUUUUGGCCAUGGCCCGCAAAGUCGUUGAAAAAUAUCCAUUGGCAUAGGCGAGUUAUCUGAAAUUUCAAAAGAAAAUGAUUCAACUUAACUUAUCGCAUUGUAUUCCUAUUUAAUGGCCAUAUAAACUUUUAGUUCAAAACCCAUAAAGAUAAAGUACGUCCAUCUCUUAAAAUCAGGGGUCGGCAGCGGGCAAACGGAGUUGUCGAUAUAAUGGUGGGAAAAAUAAAAA